AAGACACUAUCCACUGAGGAACAGGAAGAAAAGAGUUCAAAUUGAGCUGAGGAGGAGGAGGAGUUAGUUGAGGGGCAGGACAGAGGUGGGUGGGGUGGGUACAAAUACCCUGGGGCAGUUGUUCCUCCUUCAGUCCUCUGCAGCUCCUGUGUGCUCCAUCAUGGCCUCCUAUAGCUCCGCCCACUCGGCCUCCUCCUACCGCCGUACUUUUGGCCAGGGCGCCUACGCUUCACCCUCCCUUAACCGCUCUCUGCUGGGCCACGCCAGCGUUGGCGGCGGCGGUGGCGGCCAUGUGUCCUCCAGGGUCUAUGAGGUGACCCGGUCCAGCUCGGCGCCGGCCUACAGGGUCUCCUCCUCCCACCACUACUACGGCGGCCGCCCUCUGACCUCUGCCACCCGCCGCUCCUACGCCGGCGUGGGCGAAACGCUGGACUUCAGCCUGGCUGAUGCCCUCAACCAGGAGUUCCUGACCACACGCACCAACGAGAAGGCGGAGCUUCAGCACCUGAACGACCGCUUCGCCAGCUACAUUGAGAAGGUGCGCUUCCUGGAGCAGCAGAACCAGGCACUGAUGGUGGAGGCGGAGCGUCUGCGUGGACGCCAACCAACCAGGAUCGCCGACAUGUACGAGGAGGAGCUGAGCGAGCUGAGGAGGGAGGUGGACGUCCUGACCAAUCAGAGGUCACGCAUUGAGGUGGAGCGCGACAACCUGGCUGACGACCUGGACAAGCUCAAACUCAGACUCCAGGAGGAGAUCCUUCAGAAAGAGGAGACGGAGAAUAACCUGGCAGCGUUCAGAGCGGACGUGGACGCUGCCACCCUGGCCCGUCUGGACCUGGAGCGACGCAUCGAGACCCUGCAGGAGGAGAUCACAUUCCUGAAGAAGAUCCAUGAAGAGGAGAUCCGGGAGCUGCAGGCCCAGAUGCAGGAGACCCAAGUCCAGAUCCAGAUGGACAUGUCCAAGCCGGACCUGACGGCGGCGCUGCGGGACAUCCGAGCUCAGUACGAGGGUAUCGCCGCCAAGAACAUCGCCGAGGCCGAGGACUGGUACAAGUCUAAGGUGUCCGACCUCAACCAGGCGGUGAACAAGAACAACGAGGCUCUGAAGCAGGCGCGACAGGAAACCAUGGAGUUCAGACACCAGAUCCAGUCGUACACCUGCGAGAUCGACUCCCUCAAAGGAACCAAUGAGUCUCUGAUGCGUCAGAUGCGGGACAUGGAGGAGCGUCAUGGUCGUGAAGCCAGUGGUUUCCAGGACAACAUCGCCCGCCUGGAGGCGGAGAUCGCCAACAUGAAGGAUGAGAUGGCGCGCCACCUGAGGGAGUACCAGGACCUGCUCAACAUCAAGAUGGCGCUGGACGUGGAGAUCGCCACCUACAGGAAGCUGCUGGAAGGAGAGGAAAGCAGGAUCGCCUUACCUGUGCAGAGCUACUCCACCCUGAGUUUCCGAGAGACCAGUCCUGAACAUCCACAGCGCUCGUCUGAGAUGCACUCCAAGAAAACCGUCCUCAUCAAGACCAUUGAGACCCGCGACGGAGAGGUCGUCAGUGAGUCAACGCAGCAUCAGCAAGACAUCAUGUAAAGACCUGCAAAAAAACAGAAGAGAGGACGAACGAAUGCACUGAGUCAGACGGAUACGACAGAACAAAACACAACGCAAAAUAAAACCACGCAAAAAACACUCGAACGGUUUUGGAGGAUUUAAAGGCAUACUCCGCAGGAUUUUGUCAGUUAUUUACAGACUCCCUCUUGGCUUCAUGAACGACAUCAGUUCAAGAAAAAAAACAAAAAACAAAAAAAGCAGCGAAUCGGAGAAAUCAGCAUCGAAGUGACAAAUUCGCACAACGAUAAGGGGACGAUUCUGACUGAAUGAAUCCAUGAUGGAGUCUAGUGUACAGUUUUUUCCCAUUAAACUGUUCUUUUUACUCACUUAAUCCUUUGGUUGUCAUAACAAUAGAUAAUAAACAGCUUCUACUUUUAACCAUUCAACCUCUAACAAGCAGUUUCUCAUAAAAAACAAAAAAACCAAGUCCCGUUUAUGGAAUUCCAAAUCCUUUCAGGUGUUUUUCUACCAGCCAUGAAUAAUAGACAAUAAUGCCUUUUAAAUAACGAUAAUCUGUGUUGUUACACGAUGAAGUUCUGUUUUUCUCCUUCUCUAAUUAUGUGUUUUUAUAGAACGGCCGUUAAGACGUUAGCGAAAUGAGACCAAAAUAAAGUAAGAUUUGACAGAAUAA